AUGCCGCCAGCGCAUGGCGCUCCGUCGUCGCCGAGAGCCCAGCCGGCCAAACGUCAGCGCCAUUCUUCUUCAUACGACGACGAUGCCGCGCCUAGGCUAGACGGGAGCAAGAUCGUGACAACGAGUCCCCGUACCGACACGGCCAUUGCAGACUCCAGUCCCGGUCCUGCCGUCGCUCAGAGCAGCAACUUUCGGAAUGUGAGCGCUUGCAACAGGUGCAGAUUACGCAAGAACAGAUGCGAUCAGAAACUGCCUAGCUGUGCCAGCUGCGCCAAGGCUGGUCUUGAACGACUCCUCAAGUCGCACGAUAUCGACUUUCCUGCCGCCCAAGACCUGGACCCGUGCUCUCGUCCUAGCUCGCAAGCAGUAGCAGACACAAGCCACAACAACAGCAGCAGCAAUCAUACUGCAGUCAUCAGCCGACCGUCAGACGAGUACUAUGCCCGACCGCCACCGAGGAACCCGGCCGUCGAGUCGCUCGGCCAUACCCGCGCCGGCAGCGCCAACAAGUCGGAUCAUCAGAGCCAGAGCCCCGCCAUGUCCAACAUCAUCAGCUCCUCCAACAAGACGGAUAAGUCCCUGGCAUCCGCGUCGGGGGUAUCGUUUGCGCGCGUCGUCUUUGCCGCGGUCCAGUACGCCGUGUCGGAUCAGAACAACGGUAACGGUGCCAACCAGCCGCAACACCAACGUCUGCCACCGCCGUCGCAGACGAAUCCCAACGUUUCUUCUUCCUCUGCAGCAACAGCAGCGGCAGCCGGCGGAGGAGGCGGCCGCGGCGGCGGCACAUCGAUGCGCGACUCCUUCUUCGGACUACAUACCAAACCUACCAUACAGCCUGCCACCUUCCCCACGCGCAACGUGGGCAUGCACCUGGUGAUGCUGUACUUUGAGCAUGCUAACCCGCAGAUUCCCAUCCUGCACCGCGGCGAGUUCCUCGACAUGUUUGAGCGGGCGUACUCGGACCCGGAGAACGGGAGGGGUCACCGCGAGUCGUACAUGCUCAACAUGGUCUUCGCCAUCGGGUGCGGCGUCAUUGUCGGGGAGCCGGUCAAGACGGAGACGAGCGACACCAGCACCGCCACCACGGAUCACCACCAAUCCGCCAACAGCGGCGGCGGCGGCGGCGGCGGACAGUGCAAGCCAGAGGAGUACCAUGCCAGCGCCAUCGUACACCUUGAGGCGUGUCUGAGUAGCAGCGGGGGCGGGCUGGAGGUUCUGCAGGCCGUGCUGCUGCUCGCCAACUUUGCUCUGCUGCGGCCCGUCCCCCCCGGACUGUGGUACAUCAUCGGCGUCGCAGUCCGGCUGGCCAUCGACCUGGGGCUUCACCACGAGGACGGCGGGUUGGACGUCCCCGACUCGUCGCCGCUCGCCGAACCCACCGACUCCGGAGCAGGAGGCGAGGACAACAGCCUUGGCGGCGGCAGCAGCAGCAGCAGCAGCAGCAAACGCCGUGAUCCGGGAGGACGACAGGGGAGCGUGGCGGCGGAGCGGGGCAGACGUCUCUGGACGCGCGACAUGCGCCGACGGCUGUGGUGGUGCACGUACUCGUUUGAUCGGCUGGUGAGCACGUGCGUGGGACGGCCGUUUGGUGUGGCCGACGACGUCAUCACCACUGGCUUCCCGUCCCUCCUGGAUGACGACUACAUCUCUCCCACGGUGGGGAUCGUCGAGCAGCAUCCGCACAACCAGGCUGGGAAACCGUCGGCGGGUGGGGAAGACAUCGUGGUGGCCCCCAGCUACAAGAAGGUGGCGCACCACUACUUCCGACUGCGCAUGCUCCAGUCCGAGAUGGUCCAGGUGCUCCAGUACAACCAGUCCCAGGCGGCCCGGGUGGCCAGUCUCCAGCAACAGCAUCAGCAUCAGCAGCAGGACGACGCGGUCACCGGCGGCAGCUACCCGGAGAUGCACAUGCACCACCUGCCCUCCCCGUUCCUGGUGCAGUUCGACUCCUUCCGCUCAUGGCGCCGCAGCAUAGACGAGAGGUUAUACAGCUGGAAGAUGUCGGCGCCAACACGGCUCGAGACAGGCGUCGCCUUCUCCACCGAGUUCCUCGAGCUCAACUACUGGCAGGCCAUCAUCCUGCUGUACCGACAGAGCCUGAGCGUGCCCGCCAUGUUCGAGGACGAGUACAACACCUCGCACGAGGUAGACGACAGCAGCCCCCGCGGCGGCGGCGGCAGUGGCGGCGGCGCGUCGGCCACCACCCCCACCACCGAGCUCCUCGAGGACGAGGACAGGAUCUACCUCAAGGUUGCCGAGGCAGGGCAGAAGAUCCUGCGGAUAUACAGGCAGCUGCACCUCAGCGGCCUGGUCAGCUACACGUACCUGUCUACCCACCAUCUCUUCAUGGCGGGCAUCUCUUAUCUAUACGCCAUCUGGCACUCGCCUCCCGUGCGAGCACGUCUGACAAUGGACGAGGUAGACUUUACCGUCCUGGCGGCAAAGUCCGUCUUCACUGACAUGAUUGACAAGUGUCCACCGGCCGAAACAUGUCGCGACGCCUUUGACCGCACGGCGAGGACAACCAUAAAGAUGGCCAUGUCCAACGGAGGGUUCGGCGCACAGGCACAAGCGCAGGCGCAGUCGCAGCCAAAGUACCGGCAGACAGCCCCCCCUCCCUCCUCUUCGGCCUGGAUGUCGGGAGUCGACCCGUCACCCGCCAACACGACGUCAUCUUCUCGAGCACGACGGAGAAACAACAUCCUACAGCAUCAACAUCAGCAUCAGCAUCAGCAAGACGUCUCCCCGCAGCAGCAGCGACCGUUCCGCUUCGACCUAUCCAUAUCGGAUACCCUCUCAUCACCACCCUUGUCGGCAGCAGGGGAAGUCGGCUCACGAGCAUCCCCCAACAUGAGCGGAAGCAGGUCAGCCACCUACGAAGCAGAUUACAUGAUGCACACGACGCAGGAUGGACGUAGUCCGAGUGAUCACGGUCUCACGUCUACUGCGCAGAAUAGCAAUGUGUACAGUACUAGCACCAACAGCAUGAGCCACGGUCACAAUCAUCACAACCCCUCGCGGCAGCAAUACAACAGCGGCGGUGGUGGUAGUACUGUUCAGGGAACAGAGUACCCGGAGUUGGACUUCUUUGAGAGCCUGGACGCCACCUCGAACUAUGAGUUUACCGGCAUGGACCAGGCACAGGUCAACCUGGGAUUCGGCAUGAAUUGGGAGGGACUGGGGAAUGAGUACGGGGACAGCCAUCCUGCCAAUCCGUUUGAUAGCUUCUUCUUUGGACCGCAGGGGAAUAAUGGGCACGACAAUGAGGGGAUGGGGCUGUGA